AUGAGCGAAGAAAAGAAUGAUGCUUUAGUAGGUGAAGUUAAUACAGAUAAUGCAGAUAAUCAAGUUUGGUUAAUUAAAGUACCAAAGUUUUUAUCAGAAAGUUGGCAAAAGAUUGGUCAAGGUGAAAUUGGUCAAAUUCAUAUAAAAGGUGGUGACAAUUAUAGAUAUAAAUAUAUAAAAAUAUCAUUAUCAUAUGGACCAGAUGUUGGACAAGAAUUUCAAUUAAUUACAACAGCAAAUACAUUAGAUAAUCAACCAUUAAAAAUAUUUUCAGAGGAUAAAGAUGGUGCAUUAGCAUUGGAAGGUAAUAUAGGGUUAAGAUGUGAUAUAAAGAUUGAUGUUGAAUCACCACAAUAUAGAGAUCUAAUGAAAUCAAGACAUACUAAAUAUAAUACUAAAACUAGAAUGACUCAAGUCAUUGAUGAAUCCGAACUAUUCACUCCAACACUUUUCGAUGCAAAUAAAGUUAAAGUUAGUACUGUUGGUAUUACUCAAAAAAAGAAAUCUACAGACAAAAAAGAAAAAUUACCAGAAGAUGAAGUUCUUGAUCUUAUCUUCAGUGCAUUUAGAGCAGAGAAACAUUUAGAUCUUAAAACAUUGGAAUCAUUUACAGAACAACCAAAGAAUCAUUUAAAGACAAUUUUAGAGAAAGUUUGUAUCUUAAACAAAAGAGGACCUUACCAUCAUUUAUAUGAAUUAAAACCAGAGUUUAGAGAUAAAGAUAAUUCAAAAGAUGAAAAGAAAUAA